GAGGGAGAAAAGAUUUACAGACAGCACAAGGCUUUGGAGAUUUAACGAGCUAGUGAAUGAAGUGUACUCACAGUCAGGGCCACAGAUUCUGCUUUUGCACUCUAUUGUUGCCAUCUCCGCUUUCUUACAGGAAUACUGUCAAGGAAUUGUGAUGUCUUGUAAUUUAGUUCUCCGAUUUUUAAAAAAAAAGUAAGCUACAUUUAUCUACAGAGAUGGACAGUCCUGUUCAUUCUGCGAGAGCCGCAUGUUGGAUAUGUGUGUUUGGGCCAUGUUUCAUUGAUCCAAGUAGUUGAUUUUUCCUCGGAGACCCGUGGCAGUUGGAUCCAAGUAGUCCAGGGACAACUGUUCCUAGAAGAGUACCCGAGGGAGCCUACAUUCCUUGCUUUAAUUCAUCCUGUACACACGUCUGCUGUGGGCCUUUCAAGGGAGGAGUUACGUGGUUAAGACGAAAACAUUUAUCUUUCAUGCCGAUAUACAAGAAUUCAGAUGGGAUUAGAGUCAAGAUGGAGUUCCAGCACCACUUUAGCUAUCUUCACUAACAGGAUGCCUAGUUGUUGCUUGGUCUGCUGGGCCAUGUUAACCAUGGCAGCAAUUGUUCUAGCACGGCCACAGAUUAAACCUGCUGAUGGUGUGCCAGAAGCAGAGGAGCCUUCAUCAAUCUACCAAAUCUCUCAGCCUGAAGUGUACACAGCGCAUCCAGGAGAUUUGCUUCAAAUGCAAUGUCCUUUGAAAGAGGAUGUACAGAACAUCAUUUGGACUAAAGUUGGGCAACAAAUAGGGCACAACAAUAAGACUUAUAUUAUCAGAGAGUACUUACAAAUUAGUGAUGCCACACAUGAGGAUUCGGGCCUCUAUGCUUGUACCACAAAUAGACCAGUAGGCAGUGGUACUGUAUACUUCAUUGUAAACAUUACAGAUGCCAUUUCCUCAGGGGACGAUGAAGAGGAUAGUGAUGGGUCAGAAGAGACAACCAUUGAUGGUAACAAGAUAAGUCCCCCAUACUGGACUCAGCCUAAUAAAAUGGAAAAGAGAUUGCACGCUGUGCCAGCAGCCAACACCGUGAAGUUUCGCUGCCCAGCAGCAGGGAACCCAAAACCAACAAUGCGAUGGUUAAAAAAUGGCCGUGAGUUCAAACCUGAAUAUCGAAUGGGUUCAUAUAAGAUUCGACCUCCACACUGGAGUCUUAUUAUGGAAAGCGCUGUUCCAUCCGAUAAGGGCAAUUAUACAUGUGUGAUAGAAAAUGCUCAUGGAUCCAUAAAUCAUACAUAUCAUUUAGAUGUAGUAGAGCGAUCACCACACAGGCCUAUUCUUCAAGCAGGAUUGCCUGCUAACAAAACAGCAUUGGUGGGAAGUGAUGUGGAAUUUGUAUGCAAAGUAUUCAGUGAUGCCCAGCCCCAUAUUCAAUGGCUAAAGCAUGUUGAGAAGAAUGGAAGUAGAUACGGUCCAGAUGGAGUUCCUUACGUCAAUGUCUUAAAGCAUUCGGGAAUAAAUAGUUCCAAUGCAGAAGUGCUGAAUCUGUACAAUGUGACUGAAGCGGACAGUGGCGAAUAUAUAUGUAAGGUCUCCAAUUAUAUUGGAGCAGUCAAUCAGUCUGCUUGGCUCACUGUUGCUCAAUUCUCCCCAAAAGUUCCUGAAGACAAGCCAAAGGGGUUGACCUCUCCUGACUAUCUGGAAAUAGUUAUCUAUUGCAUUGGUGUUUUUGUAAUCGCGUGCAUGGUGCUGACGGUUGUUAUUUGCCGCAUGAGGAGCACAGCCAAGAAGCCAGAUUUCAGUGCCCAGCCAACAGUGCACAAGCUGACCAAAAGCAUCCCUCUGCGCAGACAGGUAACAGUUUCAGCAGAUUCCAGCUCCUCCAUGAAUUCAAACACUCCCCUGGUAAGGAUCACGACCCGACUCUCAUCUGCAGAUGCGCCAGUGCUGGCAGGAGUUUCAGAAUACGAACUCCCAGAAGACCCAAAGUGGGAAUUCUCACGAGACAAACUGACGCUCGGUAAACCCCUUGGGGAAGGCUGCUUUGGACAAGUUGUAAUGGCAGAGGCUGUAGGAGUUGACAAAGAUAAACCAAAAGAAGCCAUGACUGUGGCUGUAAAGAUGCUGAAAGAUGAUGCCACAGAAAAGGAUCUCUCAGAUCUUGUUUCUGAGAUGGAAAUGAUGAAAAUGAUUGGAAAGCAUAAGAACAUCAUCAAUCUGCUAGGUGCAUGCACACAAGACGGCCCCUUGUAUGUAAUUGUUGAAUUCACAGCCAAAGGCAACCUGCGCGAGUAUCUGCGUGCACGGCGUCCGCCUGGUAUGGAAUAUACAUUUGACAUAAACCGUGUGUCUAAUGAACAGUUAACAUUCAAAGACCUGGUAUCAUGUACUUACCAAGUGGCAAGGGGCAUGGAGUACUUGGCUUCGCAAAAGUGUAUUCAUCGAGACUUGGCAGCCAGAAAUGUUCUUGUUACAGAAAAUAAUGUCAUGAAAAUAGCAGACUUUGGGCUGGCUCGAGAUGUCCACAAUAUUGACUACUACAAAAAGACAACAAAUGGUCGACUGCCAGUUAAAUGGAUGGCUCCUGAAGCUCUCUUUGACAGAGUCUACACACACCAGAGUGAUGUAUGGUCGUUUGGAGUAUUGAUGUGGGAAAUUUUUACAUUGGGCGGAUCUCCAUAUCCAGGUAUUCCAGUUGAAGAACUUUUUAAGCUUCUGAAGGAAGGUCACAGGAUGGACAAACCAGCUAAUUGUACAAAUGACCUGUACAUGAUGAUGCGUGAUUGCUGGCAUGCAAUCCCUUCACAGCGACCAACUUUUAAACAAUUGGUUGAAGAUUUGGACCGAAUUCUCGGUUUAACAUCCAAUGCGGAAUAUUUGGAUCUUUCUGCACCAUUAGAACAGUAUUCACCCAGUUAUCCUGGAACUAGAAGUUCCUGCUCAUCAGGAGAUGACUCUGUGUUCUCUGACCCCAUGCCCAGCGAUCCGUGUCUUUCAAAAUGUCAACCACAUAUGAAUGGUACCAUUACGACAUGAAUGAAAAAACCAUUUCUUACAAAACUAACAUUUAAACAUCGUCUUCCCUGUUUUACUUAUCUUCAAGCAACUUGGGCACCAGAAUAGAGUGUUGGUUGGAUAUGGUUAUAAUGAAAACGAGGAUUGUAGUAGGCUGUUCUAGAAGAAAUGUUCUGCUAUAUAUGGUAUAUUUUGUUGAAAUGGAGACAAGAUAAGUAUUACCAGCAAAAUUUCAUUUUUGGUGACCUGGCCAAUUUAUGUUCCAUCAAAAGCUGUCUCGUUGGACUUUGGGCAAGGCUUGAAGUUGGAAGUUCUGCCUAGAUUGUUAAUUUUGUAAUAUUGGAAAAGUUAUCCAGCAUGAAACUUCAGUCUGCUGGCUAUAUUUGUAAAUAUAUCCAAAUAUGUAUAAAUAUAUUUUAUAUAUAUAUUAUUAUAUAUAUAUUUACAGUGAACUAUUUUUUGUAUGGAUAAAAAGGUGAUUCUAUUGCAACCAGAAAAUGAAAGCAACUUUUGUUAAAUAACUAAAUGCGCUUGAAAACUGUUUCUGCAGCAAUUCCUAGCACUUCUGUUAUGCAACAUUUUCAAGACACUAAGUUAUUCUUUUCAGGGAAUAAUUUAUUUAACUGGUGUUUAUAAACAAUUAAAACAAUUAAUCUUCAAAUUUCUUGUAUUAUGUGCAACUUUUGCUAGAUGGAAAAUGGAUUGAAUUCUAAAACAUGAUGGAAUGGGUGUUAUAAGAACCUUGUCUACAUAGCAGAGUUUGUCCAGAAAACUAGCUUUGAUAUAAAGCAGCAAAAAGAGUUUCACUUAAGGUUUUGCACAGAGAGAAUGUGUCAUACUGAUUGUUCCUUCCGAAUCUGGCCAUCUACUGCAAUUCAGUGUUUGCUGAUGGGCAAAUUGCAGCGAUCCAUGAAGAAAAUUAUCUACAAUGGUAUAAUUUGGGAUCCAAAGGUUUUGAUUUUCCUCAGCUGUGAUAAGGAGGGGUAGAGGGGAGGAAAGUUGGCGGUGUGGGGUAUAGGUGGUGGAGAUAGGGCCAGAAUGACUGACUGCCGCAUCUUUUCUGGAGCAUGAUUUAAUCUUUUCAUCAGCCUUUUCGUUAUCUACUCUCAUAAUAUUAAGUGGGAUUUACAGGGUACAGGGCAGGGUGGUAGGUGUGAGUUGAGGAAUUGGCUGGUGAAGAUUUGAACAGCUCAGAUUUCACGCUCACUUUUACAUCCAAGUUUCUCCUCCUUCCCUAUGGAUCUUAGAGAUUGAUGGCAAACUGCCAAAAUUCUUCAUUGGAAGAGGAGAGCCCAGUACAACAUGGCUCAGAUUCCAUUCCUGUUCCAAAGACUUAAUUAAUAUCUUCCUUUUAUCCCGGGUAUUCUGUUCUUGAUAUGCCCCCAUGGCCAGCUGCAGCGCGGUCGGGAUUCUGCUGUCAGACUUCAGUCCUCUGUGGGCAAUGGAUCUGGCCAGAGUCAGUGCUACAUUAGAAGGGACUAUGAUGGUCCCUUCUAAUAAAUGGGUUAAGGGUUAUGAACGACCUAAAAGUUAUUCAGUUCCACACAUUGAAUAAGAUAAAUUCUGCAAAGUUUCAUGUGUUACUCAAUCAAUUGCAAGUUAUAUCAUAGAAAUAUGUAAACUUGAUACAAAUUAUUACCAUUUCCCAUACUUAAAGUGAAAAUUAUUGUAACUUAAUCGUGCAAAAAUACCUUCUCUAGAUAUAGGUAAUAUGACUUUCACCAUUCCGUUUCCCAAAAUAUAGAAUGUUAAUUGAAUGUUAAUUGGUUUUGAAGAUGUGAUACUAGUGUGCUCAAGCUGUGUGAACAGAAGAAUUUAACUAUUUGUUAACUGAAACAGUGCUUAAAGCUUCAUCUGAAACUCUGCCAAGUACGAAAUUCAGUGGCUGCUGUGCAUAAGUGUUGUUGUAAACUUAAAAAUUGGCAAAUAUUUUGAACAGGUGAGAAUAGUUUCUAAAGCUGAUAUUGCUUUGGCAUUAUUUUGCGGUAAAUUUAAUCUCUUGUGUUUAAAUGUGAUUGAGCUCUGGUUAGCCAAUUAUCAUUAUACUGUGUUUCCAGGGAAUAAGGUGCACAAUAUAUACAUGAAUGUUAAGGGACCAUUUCAGUGCCCUAAACAAAUCACUUUAUUUUCAGUAUUAUAAUUUCCUAUUCACUGAUUAUAUUGUGUCAGGAGUGUGUUUUCGUUUUAUUACCUCCAACAGUGAGUUUUUCUGCCAAAGCCAAAAUGACCAGUGAAGUGGGGAUAUCUUUACAGAUCUUCACAAUAUUAUAUAGAACACAGCUCAGAAGGCCAAACAUAACUUUCUCUGUACUAGUGCUGAAUUUGCAGCCUAUCCUAGCUGAAACUCCAACAUAACAGGGAGGGGUAUGGUCAAUGUUUAGGUAGGAGGGAUUAGUGUCUGGGUGUUUUUGAUUUGCUUUUUAGCUGGUUUGGCACAGCAUCCUAUGCUGUACUGUUCUAAUAUCAAAAAUUUUACAUUUCUGAUCUUGCUAUCUUGUAGCAAAAUGACAUCAUCCUGAAAUGAGAGUAGUUGAUAACUAUGGGAAGCAAUGAAAGACCAGAUUUCUGAAGUUGGAAAGUUAAGAUCCAGAACAAACCUCAUCCAUUGGAUCUGUCAGACUAGUGCUUCAGAAAAUACAUUUAUUCCUUUCUGGCUUUGAAAUUGAUCUGAAGUCAGUGGUGUUGGAUUUUUUCAUGCAUAGUGUAGCUUGUUCAGUUUCCUUUUUAUUUGCUUUUAAACACCUUCUAUAGUAUGUCACUGGUGGGCCAGAGUUGCUGUCAACCUGUUUCAAAAUCAAUAAUUUAAAAGUGCACUUUAGCAAAGAAAACCAAACAGCUUCCAAAAAUUAGAUUACCAAAAUGAUAGGUGUGGUCACUUAGAUUGAAUGUGAGCUGGUCAAGAAAAUAUCCAGCAUGUUUGGCAAUAAAAGCACACUACAGAAAUGUAACCAACUUACAGUGAUGAAUACUAACUUGUAUGUCUUUUAAAAUUUAAUGUAAGAAUGGAAUAGGAAAGAGAAGCACACACUGAGGUUUAUUUGUCCAAUUUAACAUAAGUGAAGUAAUUAGGUGUUGUAUUAUAUUGUGAUGGCAGGAAAACUAGCAAGACCAAUAUUUAGUAUAGCUGCUUUGCUUUGGUGAGAAGGUGCUUAAUUCAUUCUUAUCUACAUUCCACUACUUUGUAUAUUUGUAUAAGGCAAAUGUCAUCCUCUGUGUCAUAAAGUUGAAAUUUGUGCAUGAAUUUCAUAACACAAUAUACAACUAAUUUAUUAAUUUUUUACAAAAGAAGUUCUAUUUUGUUGUUACAGUUUUCAGAUACCUAAGAGCCUAGUUAAGGCUAUAAAUGAUUUGUUUAUAUGAAAGAUUUGCUUAUAUAUUAUUCUUAAAUACUGCUGGACACAUUAUUAAGCAAAAGAAAAUGUAACCAAAACUUAGUUUAAUUUUCCUUUAAAUGUCAAAGGAAUUCCCUUUUAAUUUAAAUGUUAAUAUUUCCCUGACAUGUCUUGUAAAGUUGUUGAUGCUGAUUAUUUGAGAGGCAAUAAAAUAUUCCAAGCCCACCAUAAAAUGUCCGCUUCUGCAUGAAUCCUAUGCUGCCACCUGUA